ACAACCUCAUGAGUACUUCCACGAUCUCCAUUUUUGAGUUUGCAGCUUUGUUCUGAUCUGUUCUCUGUUUGGGAUCAGCCUGGCUUAGUUAAAACCUGGACACCUUUCCUUUACUGGCUGCUUCGUAUGUUUUCAGUGGACAGGAAGGGAGGCCGGAAGAGGAGAGUUGUUUGAUUGUGGAGUUGUUUGAUUGUGGAUCUGCAGCCUGGGAAGCUGCUUAAAAGCCUUCAAGAAUGAAGGAUCUGCUCACGACACGCAACCAGAAUUGCUGGCGCGAACUCAUAGAAAAGGAAACCUAUAGCAGAGUAGCCUGGAGAGUUCAUUAUGACAAGGGUCAUCUGAAAGCUCCUGGCCCUGUGAAGAAACACCCGAUCUCUACCCAGAAGGGCCUUCUGUCCACCAUCAUCAACUCCCCUAAACUUGAGGACACAGAGACCCAGCGCUUUGGGAGAAGGGCAGUGGGGGUCUGGCCUCCGCAGGAGGCAGAGAAGAAAGGCCAAGGGGAGUGUGUGAAGUCCAAGCCUCUCCUGGCCGAAAUGAGGCCUGCCAGUCCACGGUUGUUGCGGUUGCUGUACCAGGGCGUCUCCCAUGAGGGCAGAGGGAGACUCCAGUAUCUGAGGGAGAGGCAGCAGCAAAAGCCUGAGGAGGGGUUCAAGUAUCCUGUCCUGUCAUCCUGGGACUAUGGAUGGUGCUUAGGUGACGCUAUAAAAGAAGCCAAAGCUCCAGGUCAUGCCAGAUCUCGGGUCAUCAAGGACACUUUCUACUUCCGAAAUGGAAUCUUCUACCCUCCUUGCCGGACUGACCAGUUGCUGUGAACCCAGGGGAACAGAGCUUGUGGAGGAUAGAAAUGCCGAUUGGGGAUGUAAACUCAUCCUCUAGAUUGUAAGAUCAUUGUAGGCAGAGACUAUGUCAAUAGCUGGGUGGCUUUUCUGGAACAUUUUGAAAUUUUUGAAAAUAAAUAAAUACAUUAAAAACUGA